GAAUAAUGAACAUUUGCUAAGUAUUUCACUUCAACCGUUAAAUUGUUAUUCUGUGCUUCAACCUUCUACUACAAACUAUUAACUAUGCUUCAACAAUCAUGAUUCAUAUAUAUACUGUCCAGACAUCUAGUUACAAUAUAUCAAAUCAGUGACAGUGCGAUAAUAUUUACGAUACUUGCUAUACUUAGCAUGUAAUGAGAUAUCAAAUAUCAGUCAUUCAAAAAUUGUUUUGCUAGAUGUCGAAGGUCAACAGAUUAUAAACCAAAGAAUUUAGUUGUGUCGUCUCAUGUUUGGUGAUGAGUUAAAAAACAAAUACUGGCUGUCUACAACGAAAUAUGGAGCAGCGAGUAUUCCGCCUUGUUCUGGUAAUCUUUAUAUCACUUCGACUGAGUUAUGUUGUGGCUAUCAAUAUACAUCAUAAUAUAAGGAUAACUAGCGACGGAUUCGAUUCGCCUCAAUGCGUGGACGUCAACAACACAUUUGCAGCUUGUAAAACGCUGGAUUAUGUUCUCAGCCAUAUCGAAAGUAACGCAAGUUUGGAGAAUUCGACUAAAAUCAUCAUCGAAAGCGGAGUGUACGCUUUAAAUAGAAGCUACAGCUUUGAAAAUAUAAAUAAUUUUCAGAUUAUUGGUGUUGCUGGUGCUCAAGUGUCUAGUUCAUUGAAAUAUAUUAUUAGUGGAGCUGAUGUUGUAAUACAAUGCAAUAUGGGUGCUGGUCUCGCUUUUCUGCGUUCUGAAAAUCUGACAUUUUCCUAUUUAACCUUCCAAAACUGUGGUUCAUGGCAAAACAAUACAAGCAUCAAUAAUCCCAAGUUUUUGGCUGCAAUAUUUAUCGUGUAUAGCAAGAAUUUGGAAGUCAUCGGGUGUCGCGUUUCAAGAUCCCCUGGUGUGGGUGUUAAUCUAUACGAUGUAAAUGGCGAUAUCUUGAUCGAGAAUAGUACGUUUGCAGAAAACUACGCGUUCGAUUCCUGGAAUUUUACAUAUCGUGAUGGAAAGGUCCGUGCAGGCGGUGGACUUCAUAUAGAGUUCACAUAUUGUGGAGCUGUCUAUCCAUUCGAGUGUAAUGAUAUAGAAACAGACAAAUAUAAUCAUGGAAGUCGCUACACCAUCAGAAAUUGCAAAUUUAUUGACAAUACCGGGACAACGGGUCAUGUAUUUAAGCAAACGUUUAACUUGAAUCCGUGUGAGAAAGAUUUCAAUUCUAUUGGUCGUGGUGGCGGAAUUUCAUAUAUUAUCAAAGGCAAUGCAACCGGAAAUCAAUUUCUUGUUGAUAAUUGUACGUUUCUACGGAAUACAGCAGACUGGGGUGGUGGAUACGCAGUAUAUUUCCAAGAUAAUGCAACCAAUAAUUCCUUACGAGUUAUUAAUUCGCGAUUUCUACAAAAUCUAGCUCGGUACGGUGGAGGCGCGGUGAAAUGCGCUACUACAAUAUACGGAACGUUUCGGAGUCUAACAGCCCGUGAACCGAAUUAUUAUUUGCACGAAAAUUGUAUUUUUGAACGAAAUUUGGCGACGGAAGGUUGGGGAGGUGCAUUUUCUGUUUUCGGUUCGACGAGUUAUCUUGGUACACAGGGCUGGCAAGCUAAUAAAACACCGGCAUUUGUGAACUGCCAUUGGAGGGAAAAUUCCGCAACCGCUGGGGCCGCCAUUGGUGCUCUGACUAAACUACCUGAAUUAUGGAGAAGACAAUCAGUAGGACUUGAAGAACGGGGUUUUGGAUUCGCACUUAAACUUGUUAAUAAUACCUUUACCAAAAAUGUUAUCAUUCCCACAAUUCAUAAUGUGACUGUUUUUGGUAUGGGGACUAUCUACACAGUUUUUGUCCCUAUUAUUAUGACGGGGGAUGUUAAAUUUAUUGGAAACUCCAACACUGCUUUGUUGCUAGAUUCUGCGUGUGCUGAAAUCGAUGGGAACGUUUUGUUUCACAAAAAUAAUGGCGUCUAUGGGGGAGCAGUUGGGAUGUAUGGAUCAUCGGCGUUUGUAUUCAAGCCUGGAUCCAAGUUAAUGUUUAAGGAAAAUUCUGCUUCCGGUAUUGCAGGAGCUAUUUACGUGAAAACGGCAGGUCCUAAUAUAGCUGCGUUUUAUCAAACAAUAUUCCAAAGGCAUCGCUGUUUCUUUAGAUACAUUGAUAGCUCCGUUGGUCCUAACGACUGGAAUGUUAGUGUUGUUUUUCAAGGGAACAAUGCCUCGCUCCAUAUUGGCAGAACAUUGUUUGCCAACACUUUACAAUUCUGCAGAUUCGGUCGUUCUGGCUUGAUAAAUGAUGCAAUCAAGAGUUGGAAAAGUUUUAAAUUCGAGAACCACGAUGGACUGCCGUCGAACGACGACCUGGAAGUUGCAACCGAACCGGUUCAGAUCUUAAUUAACCCCAACGAAUGGAAUAACAUAUCACCAAAUGAACAAUUUUCACCUUCAAUUCAACUUUUGGACGAAAGAAACCACAGUGUGUAUGGAUUGAUCAAAGUCUCUAUUAAAGAACAAAGUAGCAGUAAAUCAGUUAACAUUGAAGACGGAGUAUCUCCAUACUUUUAUGUUAAAGAUCAGAUCAAUUCGCUUUGGCUGAGUGGUAAACCUUCGAGCCAUUUCAAUGCAAGUAUUACCUCUCUUCAUUCCCAAUCUAUGAAAAUGACACUGCCCGACCUGACAGUGAAGGAAUGUCCUCCAGGUUAUAUUCAUAGAGAUAAUACGUGUGUAUGCUUGAUUGUUCAGGACAGGAUUAUUGGUAUAUCAAGAUGUGGAGACGACGGAAAAAGUUUGUAUCUUCGCAAAGGAUAUUGGGGCGGUCCUCGACAUAGUAAUGCUAUUAAAGGUAAAAGUUGUUUGUUUUCUGUCGUGGAAUGUCCCUACGGUUACUGCCAAUGUGGGAGCAACAGUAUGAACGGUUUGACUAAUCAAUGUGAAUGCUACUUUAACGCAACUGUUAACCAAUGUGUGGAAGGCCGUGAAGGAAUCUUAUGCGGGGAAUGCAAGGAUGGUUUGAGCGUUGUUAUUGGUAGCUUCAAAUGUCUUCGUUGCCAGAAGAAUGAUACAUUAAUGUUGAUUCCGUUCUUCGUAAUCUUAACAUUCCUGGUAUUUCUUUUCUUGUAUUUUAAACUUGAUUUCUUUUCUGGCUAUCUCAAUUGUUGGUUAUACACUUACCAAAUAAUAUUCCUUCUUCUACCGGAUCAUUUACUCGCCGGGGAUCCUUUCAUGAAUUUUAUUGUGAAAUUGGCAAACAUGAAGUUUGUAUUCGGUAGCUGGUGUCUCUGGGACGGCAUGGAUGAUCUUCAGAAAACCUCGUUUGGCUAUGUGGCGCCGGUCUACCAGAUUUUUGUGCUUUUCGUGUUUAUAAAACUUUCGUCCAAAUUCUCCAUUUUGCAAGGUAAUUUCUUCCGUCCUUUUUGUACGAUUCUGGUUUUGUCGUAUUCCGCUAUCGUGAAUGUCACUUUCAAACAACUGCAACCAGUUCAUAUCUGUUCUGAAUGGCGUGUAUAUAUGUCUGCUAGACUGAAAUUCUUCAGAGACGAACACAUCAUUUAUGCUUCUUUAGCAAUAGUUGUCUUGUUAUUUGUUAUUCUGCCUUUCCCCGUCAUGUUAGCUUACAGUUCGCUCUUUACUGGUCGUUCUCGUCGUCUUUCCCAAAUAAGUAUGCCUUUGCUGGACGUUUUAAAGUCUUGUUAUCGUUCUAAACGUCGUUGGUUCGCAGCUUAUUACAUUGUUUGUCGCCUGAUCGCAGUCUUACUCCACACUUAUAUAUUAGAUAUCAAUGCUCGCCACAAAGUACUUCAAAUAUUCUGUGUGGUAGUUCUGUUACUCUUCCUUUAUCUGAAGCCGUACCAAAACGAUAUCUUAACAAAAAUCGACACAUUCUUUUUGUCUUUCUUGGUCUUAAUGAGCCUGCUGGCCGAAGUCGUUAUAACAUGUUCGUUCUUUGUGUCACAGUUCUUUGACGUAUGUUUUUAUUGCAUCCAUAUUUUGCUGUAUGUUCCCUUUCUUUACUCACUCAUUAUGUUGUAUUAUCAUGGACGACAUUUGGUAAGACAACGCAAACAGAAACGAGGAAACGAUACCGUUAACUGUCAACCUGUUGUCGAGGAGAGCACUGUAGCAGAAAGAACACGGUAUGAACCUCUGUGAAUUUCAAAAAUGUAACAGAUCAUCGCUUAAAUUAGGGAAAUAGCAAUAAGCCAGAUGGCGAAUGCCGCCACGGCGCCAGGAUAUAUCUUUGAUCUGACCAGUGAAACAGUAUAAAAACUGCAACGAUAACUCCGGCUUUGUUUUUGAAGUCAAGAUGGCGGAAAUUGAAGCCCAUCUUGUAGUUAUGCCCUUGGCCCCUACACGGAAAUUCACAAAAUUCAGUACGAAAAAUCUGCAUUAUUUCAUGUAGAAAUUUCGCGAUUUU